AUAUUGAUAACAAUCUUAUCAUGGCGUUGGACGUCCGUGGUCAAAUUUAACCGAUUUCACCGCUAUUGUUCGGUUACCAUGUUCAUUCUGAUUUUACGUUUCGGUAACAAUGUACGUGUAUGUUAUUAUCAGCCCGCUGUAUUCCGCGUACACUCGUAUUACAGCCGCCUUAACGAAGGUAUACCGGCCAACUCAUACAUAACAUACGACUUGCUCAGUGUGUAGUGUGACUAAUACUAGUAUUUAGGUCUAAAAUAUCGUAUCACUUAAAUGUAAUUACAUGGUUCCUUUUUAUUACUGUUUUAAUGGCGAGUUUUAUAUUCCAGUAGAAUAGUGUUUUAUUUAUGUUCACAAGCACCUAAAAUGGAUAUAACUUGUAAAUGGUUUUAGAAAAAGAAGUGCGGUUUUAUAAUUGAGAUUACCUGUCAGUGAAUACAUUUGGGCAAUAUUAAAGUGUUUUGUGCGGCUUGGACAGGAAAAAUAAAGUUAAAACAACAUGGUCGGGAGAAGAGUUACAUGUAAAACUGUGAUUUUAUUCAUAUUUUGUGUUUCUGUGAUUGUCCCUUUAUCAUAUCAUUUUAUUGCAUAUACUGAAGCUCAAAGACUAAUGUUUCAAGUUCAUGAUUCGAGUGCGUUCAAUUUUAAUGCACUUCGCGCGAACCAAGGAUUAUGGGUUGAUGAUUCCCGAAGAAAGACCUGGCCCACCUCCGUAUUAGGGGGUAUAUUAUUCCAUGGAGAUCCAAUACCAAACCCAAAUCCUAACGCGAAAAGGCAAUACGUCGUGUUGGUCUGGAAAUAUUGGGGUUGGCUGAAACAGCGACAUGUGUUUAACUUUGGAAAAUCAGGAAAAACAAACGACAUUUUGGAGGGUUGCAGUGUGAAAAAUUGUAUAUUUUCUGGUGACGACAACAUCAUUGACACAGCGGACGCAGUCCUCGUUCACAUACAAAGGGGCUUGGUACCAGAAGUGAAAAAUAGAAACCCUAAACAAAGAUGGAUAUUUUUGAACGAUGAAUCUCCAAGGCAUGCGUUCACAUUAGCCGGACGUGCCCCUAGUAUGGAAAGUCUAUACGGUGUAUUCAAUUGGUCUAUGACUUAUCGGAGCGACGCUGACGUACCAGUACCGUAUGGCCGUACUGUUGUAUUGCCAAAACCCGUCUUAAGUGAAUAUAACACGUUAUCAGAACUCACUGCAUUGAUACCAAACUGGGAUCGAAAAAGCAGAAACAAAACAGCUGCAGUGCUAAUGUCAAAUUGUGCGGCGAAAGCUAGAAAUAAUUUCUUAAAAAAAUUAAAGAAACACAUCGACGUAGAUGUGUAUGGAAAAUGUUCGGACAAUAAAGAGCUUCAAAUGGGUUGUCCUGGACAUUUUAGAUCGGAUUGCGACCCGAUAGCAAAUUACUUAUUUUACCUAGUGUUAGAGAAUACAAGUUGUUAUCAAUACUUGACUGAGAAGGGAUUUUACCAUGCUUACUCGAAAGGCGCAAUACCAAUUAUUUUUGGACCGUCUCGUGAAGACGUACAGAGCUUGUUGCCACCAAAUUCGUACAUAUUCGCUGACGAGGAGACGAAUAUAGAAAAUUUAGCUAAGGAAAUUAAGACUAUAGCAUCAAACACUGAUCUCCUUAUAUCGAUGCAUAUGUGGAGAAAUCAUUUCAAAGUCAUCAAUGAACAUGGUUAUUUUGGCACGAAAUCUUAUCAUCUAUGUCGUGUAUGUGAAGCCCUGAAUUAUAAUAAUGAAGAAGAAAAAGUAUACGACCAAGAACUUUUAGACGUGUUUUUAGACCCAUCAAAAUCUUGUUAUGACAUAAAAAAGUAAGCUCAAAUGUGUGAUAUUAUUGUGAUAUGUAAAUAUGUAUGUACUAGUUAUUAUAUUAUAAAAAAUAAUCCUACCAAAACGUUUUUAUUAAUUAACCGACUUCUUUCUUAAUUAUCAAAGCAAAUUGAUAUUUUCCUGUACGUACAUUUCCCGGAGUCUGCAAAUCAUUUCGAAUUUUGAAAGUUUAGGUAGUA